CACCUUACCGUUUUGUGCUUGCAGUGUGGCUCUACUAUCAUAUAUUUAGUCCAUAUAUUAUUAUUAUUAUUAUUAUUAACUAACUAACCACUUCACAUAUACUUCUGAUCCAAUUUCAGUUGUAUAACUUUGAAAUACCCAUACCAUCACCAUCUUCGUGACUAUAGCCCGCUAUCAGGGCUCCUCGAACUAACAAACCCCCACCCUCAAUAACAUUUGCCUUAGCGACAUGCGAGAGCUAUGGCAACAGGACCGCAAGCAUUCUAUUGCCUGUGGCAGAAGGAGGCUAUCCGUGAGAAGCUUUUCCAUUUAUUAUCAAAAGAAGAUAUUUGCAAUGUCCGACUCUCAUCGUCAGCAUGCUGCAAUCUUGUUACCAAACGACUAUUUCUACGAACCCACUUGACCUUCACCUCUGGUACCUUCACUCGACAGAGCAGAAUCGAAGCACUGUCGAGAGUAGGCCAGCAUAUAGAACAUCUGACCUUUUAUUUCCCACACUCAGAGGCUACUUUCUUACCUCCACUGGUUCACCCUGAUACUGGUCGUGAGAUUAGCUUCCUUUACAAGCCUCAUACUUCGAUGGCGUCUGUUCUGGAAAGACCCAAGUUCGCCAACUCUGGACUUGGUGAGAUUCUCACACAGCAAUAUCCGCCACUGUUCCACGCUGCAUCUAAUGUCCCGUCUUUCAUCAAUGCGAUGAAGCACUUACCGAACAUGAGACACCUUACUAUCAAGACGCCUGGCCAGGAUCCUAAGGAGAGAUACCGAAGGGAUAUUGUGGACUAUGCGCUUAUUAGCCUCCGUAUAUCAUUGGAGCGGGCGCCGAUGAGAAAGCUCACAAAGCUUUCGUUAUCCUCUGUCCAUCCCUCAGCCUUUAUCUACUUGAGACAUGUUAUAGGGUUUGGCUGUCUACCAUCAGCUGCUCGGCGGUGGAAGCAGAUUCGGAAGUUAAAUAUCUCGGUAGAAGCAUGGGAUUUCUAUGGACCAUCGCCUGGACUCGAUCAUCUAAAGAUGAUUGACGACUACAUACGCGACUUUUCAGCGAAUCUAGAAAAAUUGACGUUUAAUUGGCUGGGCCGAAAGGGUCCAUGUCCAUUGUCGCUUGCGGCUGAUCCGUUGUUUGCGCCGCCUCGGAGCUCACAGAAACUUUUCAAUGAAGUUACUUCGCCCAUGUCACCUUUACCCCCGGCGCCCUCUAGGAAGCCUAUUGUAUUCCGUAAAUUACGUUUUAUGGCCAUUCGGAACGCCACUAUGAACUCGUCUCAGGUAGCGGAAUUGAUUGCGGCGCAUCGACACAGUGUACGCGAGUUCGAUUUUGAGAACGUUGUUCUAAUUAAUGACGACAGCUGGGAUGAUGCACUGGGUCCUUUAUUGAACAAAUCGUCCCGUGGUAGCCGCUGGAUUCGACAGUCAAUGGCUACCAUUACUGAAGAUGCAGGCGUUCCUUCACCGCAUCUAUCAGACAAUUUUAUAGACGAUCUAUCAGGUGAAUCACCAGCUGUUUUGGCAGCGUCGCAAAAGCUUUUGGAUGUUGAUCUAAAUGGCGGCGAGGAGGAAGAUGAGGAUGAAUCAGCGGAGCAAAAUGAUGAAUUUGAUCUUCCUUCGGACCUAGAGGCUGCCAGGCAAGCUAGUCUUUCGUUUCCAAACAAGCUCAAGAAGCGUAAAGUUACAAAGCGUCGUCGCAGAAGAAAGGAUAAGAAUGAAUCUCGUGAAGAUGAUAAACACGAGCUUCAUUCACGGCAUCAUCACCGGCAACCCUCCAAAGAUUCCAUUGAUCAACCUAGUGAUGAACAUCGUCGCCAUCGCCGCCACCGACAUCAGAAACCCCAAGAAUCUUUUGAAAGGCAGCCAGAAAUUCCUAGUUUUGACCAAAGUCGUCGGCCUUCGGAUGAGUCCUUCGACUAUCGUCGCCAGUUGCCACGCUUAUCUAUCUCGCCACAGAGCUCUCAGCAUCGCUUGUUUGGCGAGGUUGAAAGUAUCUACUCAACAUCGUCGCGCCGUCUCUUUGGUGAAGUAUCGCAGCUCACUAACUCGGGAUCCGAGCCAGAGCUCACACACUCACCUGUUGAUGACUCGGACUCGGUCGUCGAUGAGUAUUUCCGCCCUAGUACACCUACUACCACGCCGAUGGACAUAUCGGCACCUAUUCUUAGCACGGCACCUAGCAUGCCUAUAUUAUUAGAACCUCACGUUUAUGACCCCACUGCGGAGCUAUGCUCCGAAAUCACGGCCGUACAACGCGAUAUUGAAGCGGAAGAAGCGCAGAGGCGCGUAGCCGAGGAUGCCGAAUUUCAGACGAGCGCUUUGAAGAGGGCCAAGGAGCUCGUGCUCAGUCGGCUAGGUCGCGAAUUUUCUUCUAGUAAUAGCAGCUUCGGCAAGAGGGGUGUUGUCGGCCCUAAAAAAGAGAGUUUCCUCAGCAGCUCGAGGUUUCGAGAGGGGUUGUUUGGGAAGAGCACCUCUAGUGUGAGUGGCACCUUGUACAGCAUGCAAGACCACAGGAGCAUGGAUGUGCCAAUCUUGUUUAGUCGGAGUUGAUGAUACCCAAUGGAGCGGGGGGGAAACGGAUGUAUUAUGAUAGAUAUGAUGUGAUGUGCUUAUGACUUAUAAUGAUUACGACCUACUACUAUUCGAUCGUUGAAUGAAUACUAUAUUCCUUUUGUUCACAAUACCGCAUGCUUCAUUCUAUGUGAUAUUGCCUGCAUUAUUUUAGG